GCGCCUGCCGUCCCGGGCUUCGUCGUCGCGCCCCGAUUUCCGCAUCCGGCUCCGGACGCUUCCGGUCUUAGAGGGGCCCAUCUAGGAGACUUAAAGGCUCAAUUACCAGGAUCACUUUCUUCUCCAGGGUGUACUGCAGACCUCCACAUGUGGGACAUUGGGAUUCAGCAGAGAAUGAGUCCCCCAUCCUUCUUUUAUCUGUAAGCUACUCUUUCCAACUGCCUUUCCACCACCUGCUGUCCACAUGUCUACAUUACUCCUCAAUCUGGACUUUGGGGAACCUCCUCCCAAAAAGGCAUUAGAAGGAAAUGCCAAGCACCGAAAUUUUGUCAAGAGGCGGCGGCUCUUGGAACGGAGAGGCUUUCUGAGUAAAAAGAACCAGCCCCCUAGCAAAGCACCCAAGUUGCACUCAGAACCUCCAAAGAAAGGGGAAACUCCUAGGGGGGAUGGCACUUGGAAGAUCCCUCCCUUUCCCAAAAAGAAGAAGACAGCUGCCUCCACCAGUGGGUCAGAACAGGCCAUGGACAAGAAAGCUGCAGUGUCUUGGCUGACCCCUGCCCCUUCAAAGAAGGCUGAUUCUGUUAUAGCUAAAGUAGAUUUGCUGGGGGAGUUCCAGAGUGCCCUUCCAAAGAUUAAGAGCCACCCAACCCGCUCCCAGAAGAAGGCCCCUCAGAAGAAAUCCUCUCAGAAGAAUUCUCCUCAGGAGAAUGUUCCACAGAACUCCACACAAGUUCACUCAGAGAAUAAAUGCUCUGGAGCAUCCCAGAAGCCGCCAGGGAAGAUGGUGGCAAUUGACUGUGAGAUGGUGGGCACAGGACCCAAGGGGCAUAUUAGUUCCUUGGCUCGAUGUAGCAUUGUCAACUACAACGGAGAUGUGCUUUAUGAUGAGUACAUCCUUCCACCCUGCCACAUUGUGGACUACCGGACCAGAUGGAGUGGUAUCCGGAAACAGCACAUGGUGAAUGCCACACCCUUCAAGAUUGCUCGAGGCCAGAUCUUGAAGAUACUCACAGGGAAGAUAGUUGUGGGGCAUGCCGUCCAUAACGACUUCAAAGCCCUUCAAUACUUUCACCCCAAGUCCCUUACCCGUGACACCUCCCAUAUCCCCCCACUCAACCGGAAGGCUGACUGCCCGGAGAAUGCCACCAUGUCUCUGAAGCAUCUCACCAAGAAGCUGCUGAACCGGGACAUCCAGGUUGGGAAAAGCGGACAUUCCUCUGUGGAAGAUGCCCAGGCCACCAUGGAGCUGUACAAAUUGGUUGAAGUCGAGUGGGAACAGCACCUGGCCCAGAAUCCCCCAAAAGACUAGCGGCAGUGGGGACGCUGGUGAUGUGGGGAGGCAGAUGCAGCAGCCAGGAGAAACAGGGCAGUGGACUAAUGGAUAGCUCUACUGACUCCAUUUCUUUGGAAGCUAGAAUUGUUGGGGAGAGAGAAGCUCUACCCUAGACUUAAUAUCCAUUGAAAUUUCACCUCA